UCACUUCACUCAUUCGUUCCACACCACAUUUAUGGUUCAUCUUCUUCUGUGUCGAUGAAAAACCACCGAUCAAGCGGGUGUGUGUAUCACUGUUCAUUGUAGCUUUUUCCCAUUUCCACUCUUGCGGCAUAAAGAUGAGAACUUGGAAUAAAAGUCAUACCAACAUGAAGGUUUUCUUUUUAUGGUAUUUUUUUUUAGUGAUGGGUAUUAAUUAGUGGUGUUAAUGUUAGGGUGAUGGUUAUAAGUGCUGUUAUUGCUUUUUACUGUAAUUUCCUUUUGUGGUAGAGUCAGAUUGCAAUAUCCUUUUUCUGAAAGCUUUCACAAUGUGAGGCUGGACUUUUGGCUUAGCCCAUGAAAAAAAGAUGCUUUUCUUAGGGGGGGUUUCCCCGUUUCUUCAUCUCUUACUCCUUUACACUUUUGGGGGUUUAUCAUUUUCUUGGGAAAGUGAGAUUGUUGAAAGCUUGUGAUAGAUGCCUCUGGUUUUUUUUUUUUUUUUAAGAAAUUUCUCUCAUGCAAAAACAAAAGAAAAAGAAAAACUUGUGCUUUUUGAGGGAAAAUGGGGACCAAAGCUUUUGAACGUACUACUAGCAAAGUCCCAAGAAAAGAGACCCCUCCUACAACAUAAUGAAUUGACAUUGGCUCCCACAAUGGGCUUAGACUUCAACUGUUCAACACCAAAGCCAGCAUGUAAAAUGUUUAACUACAAUUGGAUUAAAAAUUCAAAAUAGCUUCUUUUUAACUAUUUUCUCCACUUUCCUCCUUAGGUUUUUUUGAGCUAAGAAAAAAGAUGCUUUUUAUGGGGUUUAGAUUGAUUGGUUUCUGGCACUUAUAUGAUUGGAUAAAACUCCGCUGCGGUAACAUAUACUAGUAGUAUGUUUUUGGUGACGCUUUCCGAUUAAAAGUGGAGCUUCUUGCAUUUAUGAUUUGGAGGUUAGGUUGUUGGCCUUUUUAUUUUUUUUGUUAAGGAAACCAAGGGCGUAAAAACUGUGGUGUGUUGGCCAGAGUGUUGGAGGCUCUGAUGAGUCAAGGAGUCAUGAUUUGUUGGGUUGUUGCUGUUGUGGGGUCUCAUUCAAUGACCGACUCCUGACAAUUGCAGUUAUAAAACGUGAAUUAUUGGAAUCUGAAGGUUUCCAAUGUUGAAAGGGAAGUUUUUGGUGGUUUGCAGAUCACAGUGACCAUUUGUGUAUGAAUUUCUAAGGUCUUGUCAUGGAGUGUAAUGCAAAAUCUCUCGGGCAAUGGGACUGGGAGCACUUAUUCUUCUUCAAUACAAAAGCAGCUGAAAAUCCAAGGUUACAACCAACUGAUUGUAGCAGUGAAGCAGAUCGGGAAAUCAACGUUGGAAUGUUGCAUCCAUCAGGUGGUAGUGCUUGUUCUGGCUCUGAACUAAUACAUGCUUCUUCAUCAAGGAGCUCAAAAUCAGCUUCCAACAAUUCAUCAUCAAAUGGGGAUAGCAAGGCAUCUAUAUUGACUCUGGAAGGUUCUCAUGAUGAUUCCACUGGGAAGAAAGAAUUGUGCAAUGGAGAGCCAAUUGAAACUUCUCCUGCAGCAGUGCCCUCUCCUGUCUCUGGUGAACCGUUGCUCACUCUAAAGCUUGGUAAACGAUUGUACUUUGAGGAUGUCUGUACCGGAAGUGAUUCCAAGAAACCAUCUUCCUUUGACGUUCCCAUUUCAUCAGGAAAGAAACAUAAAACCAGUAGUCAGACUUUACAGCAUCCAAGCUGCCAGGUGGAAGGCUGUGGCCUUGACCUCUCAUCUGCUAAAGAUUACCAUCGCAAACACCGAGUUUGUGAAGCUCAUUCCAAAUCCCCUAAGGUGGUUAUAACUGGUUUGGAACGCCGAUUUUGCCAGCAAUGUAGCAGGUUCCAUGCUCUGUCAGAGUUUGAUGACAAAAAAAGAAGCUGUAGGCGACGUCUUUCAGAUCACAAUGCAAGGCGCCGCAAACCUCAGCCUGACUCAAUCCAAUUAAAUCCAUCAGCUUUGUCUUCAUCACCCUAUGAUGGGAGGCAAAUAGUGAGUCCAUUUGCAUUUUCAAGGACUGCCACAAAUUUAGCUUGGCAAGAUAUGCACCCCCAGACAAAAGAAUUUCUCCCGAAGCCUGCAAAAGCCUUCAAUAAGAUACCGAGUAUUGUCUCCAUGCUUUCUGAUGAUUCCAGUGGCCUUCUAACAUCUAGAGGCAUAGCAACGAAGAGUACUGUUCCAGAUGUUGCAGGUAUGGAAGAUCCCAUUAGGUUGUCUGAUCCAAACGGUACACAAGAUGUUAACCGUGCUCUCUCUCUUCUGUCAACGAAUUCUUCAUCUUCAUGGGGUGCAUAUGAGACUAAGUCCCUUUCUUUGGAACACUCCACUCGGGCAACACACUCAAUCACUCAGCAUCACUUACCACUUCCUUCCUCGGCAGAGUAUUGGCACACUGAUCAUCAACAACAUUCAAGCAUGUGUAUCUCAUUCACGGAUUGCGAUAGCAGCAAUCGCUUUCAAGACUUUCAGCUGUUGAGCUCACCCUAUGAAUCACCUUUUCCUUGCAACCAACUGGAUUAACAACACUAUGCUUCUACUUCAACAAAAUUUCUAGGGUGCUGUCUUUCAUUUGCUUGCUUUUUCAAAUGGAGAUUAAUUAAAACUGCAUGUUGAUUGCAGUUCGAAUGGUGUAAGACCUGUUCUCUUGAAAACUCCCAAGACAUUUUCAUUUUGUACCAGACUGCGCUCAUUUCAAUUUUAACUUUAAUUUCUACUUAA